CAGGCGGCGCGUGAGACCCAGCAGUGUCGCGUGUGCUGACUGGUCAGUUUUGUAUGUACGUGUCAGUGGAAAUUGUAAACUUGAGCUAUAUCUCAUCGGUUUUAUUUACAGGCAUGGAGUAGCUUUAGGUAUUAUUUUAUCAAAAUAACGACAACCACGAUUGCAAUGGAGAACAUCCAGAAUGUCCCAAUUGACAUCCAAACCAGUAAACUCUUAGACUGGCUGGUGGACCGGAGGCACUGCACGCUGAGAUGGCAAAGUGCAGUGAUGACAAUUCGAGAGAAAAUCAAUGCUGCCAUUCAGGAUAUGCCAGAGAAUGAGGAGAUCAAACAACUGCUCUCUGGCUCAUAUAUUCACUAUUUCCAUUGCUUACGAAUAAUCGAAAUAUUAAAAGGAACAGAAGCGUCCACCAAAAAUAUUUUUGGCAGAUAUUCAUCACAAAGGAUGAAGGAUUGGCAAGAAAUAGUGUCCCUGUAUGAAAAAGACAAUGUCUAUUUAGCUGAAGUGGCCAGUAUAUUGAUUCGUAGUGUAAGUUAUGAAGGUCCUGCUUUGAGGAAGCAGGUGUCUAAAGCUCAGCAGCUGCAGCAGGAGUUGAGCCGAAGAGAACUGGAGUGUCAGAGCGGUGCCACUGACAUGAGGGAACGCUAUUAUGCUGCCUGUAAACAGUUUGGGAUAAAGGAGGAAAAUGUGGCAAGGGAGUUACAAGCUCUAGUUAAAGAUCUGCCUGUAGUUUCAGAAGAAACUAGUAGACGCUUUCCACCUGAGCUUGUUCACAAUUUCACCUCUGAUGUUUAA